AUGUACGGUGUUGCCAUCUAUGUGCAUGCGAUAUCGGUGUUCUGUGUUUCAUCCGUUGGGAUGAUGUUAAGCAACAAGCUUGCUGUUGUAGCACUGCCACUUCCCUGUACUCUGGUGUUGAUGCAAAUGGUUGCGACACUCGCUCUUCUGAUUCCAUUCCGAUCUCAAGUGGAGCGUCUAAAACUUCAAAAUGUGCAAAAGUGGAUUCCAGUCGCAACACUUUUCGCCGCCAUGCUUUACACUAGUAUGAAAAGUUUUGUUUAUGCGACUGUCCCCACAGUUAUCAUUAUCCGCAAUCUUGGAUCCAUUUUUACAACUGUAGCAGAAUAUUAUACACUUGGUGAGCGCGUAAAUGACGAAAUUAUUCUUUCACAGUUUGUUAUUUUCUUGGGAGCAGUAAUAUAUGGUUGGUCAAACUCAACAUUCACUAUGAUCGGACUGUUUUGGAUGCUACUAAAUGUUUUCGCCCAAGGUUUUUAUGGAAUUCUCGUGAAACAUAUGACAAGCAAUGUGCCCGAGUUUUCAUCUGCUACAAAGUAUACUUUGGCUCUAUAUAACAACGUAAUGGCGAUGCCAAUGGUUUUUGUUCUCUUUCUUUUCGGGGAAGUUAUGAAACUGGAUUCUCUUUUGCCUCGCGUUACCAGUUUUGGCUGGUUUUGGAUUGGAGUUACGUGCAUCCUCGGUUUUAUGAUUUCAACAUCCGGUUUUGGUCUACAAAAACUUGUCUCAGCUGCUACGUUCAUCGUUAUCAACAAUUUAACUAAGUUCUUCAAUAUUCUUAUUGGUGUUUUCAUCAUGGGUGACUCCAUGGGUUUUACUGAUGGAUCCGGUUGCGUGAUUGCUCUUGCAGCUGGAGCCUGGUACUCCGCGGCUCGUUACAGAUUUAAGGAACCUGAUGUGACCUUGGAGAAGAAGGAGCUUGAAUCUCCUGAACAAGCUGUGUAA